CCAGCUAGAUUGCUUUAUAAAGGUGCACUCAAAGCUUUAUUGCCAUUGUAAGUUUAACAUUUGGUGAGAGUGUCGCUCUCGCUCUCAAUGUCGCCACUCAUGGACUACAUAUAGCAGAGUGUGUAUAUAUGGUGAGCUACUUCAUUCCAAUUAUGAACAUACUCCAAGGAAUGUUGACUCUAGCGUUGACAAUAUGCGCAAUGACUAGCAGACCGUGUCACUGCCGACCCAUGAGACACCACGUGAAUCACAAAAAGCUUAGGGAGGCACGUAUUGAGGCUAUCAAACACGAUAUCUUACUCAAACUUGGGUUCAGCGGCGUGCCGGACGUGACAAGAAUUAAUACGACGAUUAUUGAGAAAAGGAGGAAGAUAAGACUGUAUAAGAAAAGCUUAGAGGAAACGCAAGGUAAAAUACAUGAACUUUUCCAAGAGGAGGAGUACUUUGCUAAGACUUUCCACAGUUUCACAGACCAAGGUCUGCCGCCACCUGGAGUAAUGGAUGCCGUGUGGCGGAGGAGUUCGCGGCCCAGAUUUUACUUCCAACUUGACGUACCUCAACCAAAAAUUGCCAAUAGAGAAUUGCAUUUACAUUCAGCGACAUUAAAUCUUUAUAAAUAUCGGACUUGGCCCGAGAAUUUACGAGACAGUUCAAACUUCGACAGGACGGUAUCAGUGUCAGUGUAUCAGUUUUUAGUGCCGUUAGACUGUGCGUGCAGUAAGCCAAUGAGGCGCCUUGUCUCAACCAAAGUUGUAUCGUUGUUAGACACUGGCUGGGAGUCUUUCGAUAUAAGGUCAGCAGUGAGACUUUGGAUGGAUAAACCGAAACAAAAUUAUGGGUUAGAAAUUGUUUGUGAAUCGCAGGAUAUUAGUGAUAUAAUCGACUUUAAUUCAAUGCGAUCCAAUAUGAUCAAUGAUAUAUUUGGAUAUAGCUUAGCCGAGACGCUGCUGCCGAACCUGAGCGUUUAUGUACAGGAAAAGGAGAUCUUAGGGCGAGUCAAACGGAGCCCAGAGGUCUAUGACUGUGUGCAGGGCGAUGGUGAAUCAAGGUGCUGUCGGUAUCCGCUGUGGGUAUCAUUCAGAGACAUCGGCUGGAACAAUUGGGUGGUAGAACCGGAGGGUUACCAAGCUUAUUACUGCGACGGUUCUUGCCCACAUCGGUACAAACCGGCGCAUACGUUCGCCGGGAUCAAAUCCGCAAUCCACCUGGUGAAUCCGGCCGCCGCCCCCGAGCCAUGCUGCACGGGAACGAAACUUAGUCCGCUGACACUACUGCAUUACGACGAGUGGGGUUUACUGAAAGUGACACAAUACUCAGACAUGGUUGUUCAGGAAUGUAAGUGUGCGUGAUAACGAUAUAAAGAGAAUUGUGAAUACACAAUGUAUCUAUAAACAUCCUUUCAUGUGGUGAUAUUAGAAAUAGAGUUUGCGGGUUCCAAUAUUGUUGUCAUCAUCUAAUCUUACUCGUCGAACUAAAGCAACUUUGUGGCGAGCAGAAGCGUUGAGGUGGUCCUUCGAAGACAAUCACCGGAUUAAUUAGUAAACUAUCAAAAGAAAACACUUCUAGCGUCAUGCAGAAUAUUCUAUCCGCUGUAGUACAUGUGCAGUGGUUCUGAGUGUCCCCGGCCAUUCUCAGUGUUACCCGCAGGGUGGUUAAGGGACUUUACUACGAGACGGAAAACGACUUGAACUUAAAUUUAUUGAUCCAGCGAAUAUCCAAUGCUAAGAGCAGUUAUUUCAGUUCAUCAUUUCACUCCUAGGUGGCCGAGUCUGCUUCUACCUAGGAGGCAAUUUGUGAACUAAAAUUAUCUCUUCGGUGAAGAGCAGUUGAAAUGGUUGCUAAUGUUGAUAUGUCUGGUUUGAGAGCAACUAUUUUUCGGGAACUUUCAACUUGUCACGAAUUCAAAAAAGUAAGCCCCUUUUUGGAUGUGGCCCACGACCUAGUAAUUUAUUUUGGCGCCAAAUGAUAAUCGCAAAGAAAUGUUAAAUUUUGUGAAUAUUAAUGAAUAUUGUUUAUCCAGUGACGAACUUUUUGUAAGCAUGGCACAAUAGUAAGUGACGGCAUUUUACUGGAAGUUCGUUCGUUAUUUUGUUGAUACUGUCGUCUGUUCGUGAGAAUGUAUUUUCAGAAUACAUGCAUGUUGACUGCAUUACGCCGCCUUAUGCCGUUCAUGUAAAUACUUAAAUGUUUAUUUAUUAAUUUAUUGAUAUCAAUUUUAUUUUAGUAUGUAUUUUUAUUUCUCU